ACUGAAACCAAAACCAACAAGCUGUUGCUCAACUACUAUUAUUACUACAACUACUGAUACUACUACUACUGCUGCUCCUGUGCAGAAGAAAUACAGCAGAAGGACUUUUCUCUACUAUUCGGAAAAUGGAUAAAAGAAGAAAUCGUAUUGAUAGAAAUCACACCAGAAGAGGCAGGAAUGGGUUCCCAGACAGAUCUAUACCAUUCAGACGAGUCUUCAAACCUCAGACAGGUAGAGGUCGCUGCACUCCAGGAUCUCAUUAUCAUGCUUCCCAAAGAAGAGAACAUGACCGCCAUCCUUAUACACGCCCAUCAAAUAUUAGACAACAGAGCAUUCUUCCAUACACAGGAAGCCAAACAAAUGUAAGGAAGCAUGUUUUGAACAUGAUCGUUAGGGACUUACACCCACUGAGCCUCGUUGAAGACGAAGGUUUCCAGAGACUUGUGAAGAUCCUUCACCCUCACACUGACAUUUUCCUGAGUGCCUCUUUGAUUCGAGAAGAUCUUUUGAAUAUGCAUGAGGAGAUACGAGUGAAAGUGCAGCAGGAGGUCAGUCGUGCGAAAGACCUGGUGCUUUCAGCUGAAGUGUGGAGCUCCAGCGAUGAGGCUUCUUAUCUCACCGUAACUUGUCAUUUCAUCAGUUUGGAGUGGGAACUGAAGUCCUACAUGCUGGAGACGGUACAUCUCAUUGGCGACCACACUCCGGAAAACGUUCAUCAGCAACUUCGGAUAAUUUCCAACGAGUGGGAGAUCAUGGAGAAGGUCCAGGUGGUCGUCACCAACAAAGACGGCAUGAAAAGAGCUAAGCCUGAGGUAAGGUGGACGUACAUGCCUUGCUUUGGGGAGACACUGAAUAAAGUCUUCAGAGAAGCCAUGAACAACUCUGAUUGGAGAGACUUGCUGAAGAAGUGUCGACGUAUUGCGGCGUUUUUCCAGCAGAAGACUUCGAUUUCGAGGAACGUCCAGCUCACUCAGUCUACUGGUGUUGACUGGCUUCCAGUGCUGACCAUGCUGAGUAACAUCUACGACCAAUGGCCUUCCAUUUUUAAGGAGUUCAUGGCCAAACAAGUGGAGAACAUUUGCCUCAAUGAAAAAGAGAGAGAUAUGUUGAAUAGAGCAGUGAAUGCUCUCAAUGUCAUCAGAGAUACUGUGGAGAAGAUGGGUUACAGUGGUUACAGUUCAAUCUCUAACAUCAUUCCUCUUCGUGAUGAGCUUCAGAAGGGUCUUGGAAAACUCGUACAAGCCAAAAACAACGUCGCACAGAGGCUUUCAGAAAGAUGUGACCAUCACAUUGGAGGCAUCAGGCAAAAUCAUUGGUUUACCCAUAGCACAGCCCUGGAUCCACAGUUCAAAAGCAUUGUUCUACAGAACGGCGAAGACGAAGGAGAAACCAUCAAAGCUCAACUCAAAGACAAAAUGCGCUACAACAGAGGAGGAGGACAUGGUGGAGAAAUGAGCUUCUUUGAAGACCAAAUUCUACACAAGUACACUGCAGAACCAGACUGGAUGUUGAAAUCCCAGAAUCCUCUUCAGUUCUGGGCGACCAAAGAAGAGUACAAACAACUGUCCAAACUCGCCCACAAAUACCUCACCGUUGUCUCCACAGCCGUUCCAUUAGAGCGAAUCACACAGCCGGAGAAAUCACAGCUCUUUCUCAACAGGAGGAACUGCUUAGAAUUGGAAAAUAUCAGUAUGAUGCUGUUUCUGAAUAGCAAUCAAGACAAAAUCUAAAACAAUGAUGUGGACAUUUACAGGGGUUGGAGAAUAUGGGAGGUUUCAUGGCUAAAUUGGAGCAGCCUGGUGUUCAAUCUUCAUUAAUUGCACAUUAUUGCACCAGUAAGAGCAGAGUGUGAAGGUUCAAUUAGCAGGGUAAGAGCACAGUUCUGCUCUAAAUAUUGCAAUACACACAACAUUAUGGGCGACAUACCAGAGUUCAAAAGAGGACAAAUUGUUGGUGCACGUCUUGCUGGAGCAUCUGUGACCAAGACAGCAAGUCUUUGUGAUGCAUCAAGAGCCACGGUUUCCAGGGUAAUGUCAGCAUACCACCAAGAAGAACAAACCACUUCCAACAGGAUUAACUGUGGACGCUGUAAGAGGAAGCUGUCUGAAAGGGAUGUUCGGGUGCUAACCCGGAUUGUAUCCAAAAAACAUAAAACCACGGCUGAUCAAAUCACGCAGAAUUCAAUGUGCACCUCAACUCUCCUGUUUCCACCAGAACUGUCCGUCACCACAAUCAAUUAUUGUGCUCUAAAACCAGGUGUUUCAGUUUCACUGUUCAACCCCUGUACAAGGACUUGGCAUCAUGUGCUAAAACCCCAGCUAACAAAGACAUUUAUUGGAAUUAAUUAUUAAAUUAUUGAUGAAUCAGGUAAAUAUCUAGGGUUUUAAGAGUUUUAGGGUUAAGCAACGUUUUUUUUUUUAAAGGCUACGAAAGGGUUAUGGUCCAGGAAUGUUCUAAAAACAUAUGUGGCAUAAUAAGGGUUUGUAUCAAAAUUUUAUUAAAACAUUUCUCAAACAACAUUUACAGCUAGACAAAUACUAACAUUAUGGAAAUAUUUAAAGUAACAUUCCCAAAACUAAAAAUAAAACACUGAAAAAAGAGACAGUGCCGCAACACUACGAGAAUGUGUAAAAACUUUAUAUUUAUAUUAAUAAAAAAAAAAAACACAAAAAAAACUUGACAGAUUAAACGUUUUAAAAACAUUAAUUGUAACAUUUAGAAAAUGUUUAACUAACCAAAAAUUGUUAUCUGAGAACAUUCCAAAUUAUUUUCUUAAUCCUUCUGUUGUGAGUAUAUAUUUAGUUAUACAUACUGUAUUACUUAAGGUUGUGAUAAGAUAAGAUACGACGAUAUAUAAAAUACAAUAUAUAUUAGUAAAUAAAGGACAACAGCUCACUUAAAAAACAAACAAAAAAAACUCAACUGUA